UUUAGGCGUUGAAAGCAGUGAGUGUCCCACUGCAAAAACCCAACAGUCUUUGUCCACGGGAACGCACAAGUUUCCCAUUUCACUCUUCAAAUCUCUGCUCUGAAUCAGUAAGAGACUUCAGACUGAGCCAAAAUUCAGAUACCCAACAAGAUUUUUCACAAGUUUACACAAUAAAAUGCACGCCAAGACGGAUUCAGAGGUGACCAGCUUGGCUCCGUCGUCGCCGGACCACAACCGGCGCCCGGUGUACUACGUGCAGAGUCCGUCGCGCGACUCGCACGACGGGGAGAAGACUACGAUGUCGUUCCACUCGACCCCGGUGAUGGGCAGCCCAAUGGGCUCGCCGCCGCACUCACACUCAUCCGUGGGCCGCCACUCCAGGGAAUCGUCCACCAGCCGCUUUUCGGGCUCGCUGAAGCCGGGAUCGAGGAAGAUUUCCCCUAACGACGUCGGAUCAGGCGGGAGGGGUCACGGGAAGGGCGGGCAGAAGAAUCGGAAGGAGUGCGAUGUGAUAGAAGAGGAAGGGCUACUUGAAGAUGAGGAGUCGAGCAAAGGGCUGCCCCGCCGCUGCUAUUUUCUGGCUUUUGUUGUGGGCUUCUUUGUGCUUUUCUCGUUGUUUGCUUUGAUUUUGUGGGGCGCCAGUAAACCUCAGAAGCCCGAGAUCACUAUGAGGAGUAUUAAAAUUGAGAGGUUUGUGGUUCAAGCUGGUUCGGAUGAUACUGGAGUUUCAACAGAUAUGAUCUCCAUGAACUCCACCGUGAAGUUUACUUUCAGAAAUACUGGUACAUUUUUCGGGGUUCAUGUUUCAUCCUCUCCUCUGGAUCUCUCCUACUCGCAGCUCACCAUUGGCUCCGGAGACAUGAAGAAAUUCUAUAAAGGAAGAAGGGGUGUGAAAGAUGUUACUGUAACAGUGAUUGGCGACAAGAUUCCGUUGUAUGGAAGUGGAGCUAGUUUGAGCACCCCAACAGGGAUUACAACCUUGCCGGUGCCACUAAAGUUGGACUUCACACUUCGAUCAAGAGCUUAUGUUUUGGGUAAAUUGGUGAAGCCUAGAUUCCACAACAAGAUUGAGUGCUCGAUUGUCUUUGAUGCCAAGAAACUGAAUGUCCCGAUCUCCCUAAAGAAAUCAUGCACAUACAAGUCAUGAUAAGCCUAAAAUUGCUGAGGAAGGUUCGCAUCUACAUUUCUUUAUUGGUAUUGAAGAGGAUAAAUGAUAGCUAACAACGCAGAUUUGAACAUAGCAUGAGCACGAGGCGCCAUCGAUGACUCAAGGUGGAGAAAAGAACAACACAGGCUGGAUACAUCGGUGGCGUUUCAUGAAUUAUGAACCAUUAUUGAGCACCACCGCCCGCGGGAUCAUUCUCUAAGAUAAAACAAGACAAUCAUUUUUUCAUAUGUUUGUUUAUGUAUUACUAUUUAUAGUAUAUAGAGGUAAUAACAAUCUACAAGUCUCUCUCAUUAUACAUUAUUACAGACUUGUUAUAUGUUCUGUGAGUCACCUUCAUCAUGUGCUUGUUAAAUUAUAAUUAUGGUUCAGUAAUUUGGCUGCUGGUUGUGUAAGAAGAAUACUUGUUUUGUUUGUAUGCAUAUGUAGAACUCAGUUGAGUAGUUUUAUAUCUUUGAUGGAACAAUGGAAAAUUCAAUGUAUAGUAGAUAAAUCUCAU